UUAAGGAGGCAUUGUGGGUUCUACUACGAGUUGCUGUUUGAGCUGUUGGUUCUCCUGGAGAAGCUCUGGUCUUCACAUCGAGCAUUGCUUCCUGGCUCCGGAGGGGAAGACAUGUGCUGCUUGGUCUCCAGGAUGAACUCGUCACGCUGCUUCCUGGCACGUACCCGACUGUGCUUGUCAUCGGAGGAGCUCAGAGCCUCCGUGUCACUGAGGAUGGCUGUGGUGCCUUUCAGGACAGCCCUGGUCUUUGUUGUGAGUGUGACUUCUCGGCUCCAGCGUAGAACCCUCAUCCCACCAGCACAGCUCCUUCAUCCUGCUGGCAUAGAUUUUCUGGCUUCCACUGCUGACCCUUGGGUCUUCCCAGCACGGAUCUGUAAAAGAGACUGGCCACCACGAAUUGCAGCCCAGCCAUGCCACCCUGCCUUGAAGCCAACUGAGUAUGGACUGAAACUUCCAAAAACUGCCGUCACCCAUGAUGUGAAAAGUGUAUCUGAUCAAGAACUGCAUAGUGAUUGGACGAUCAUUAAGGAAUUAACACAGAGCGACUACUUGCACUUAAAAGUAGAUUUGUUGCUCUGUGUUGGAGGUUUCCCAGAGAGUCACUGGUGGGAGAAAUAUAAUGUAAUUUUUAGAUGCUCAGGAAAGAAGAAUGAGGAGCUAAAGCCUGCAGAAAAUAAUAACAGAAGCCAUAAUCCUAAGGAUUUAUAUGUGAUUACCACAAAGAUUGAUCUAGAAAGAACAAAAGCAAUUACCUAUUUAUUACUGCAAAGAUGUGCCAAGCAGAAAAAAGGAGAAUACUUGUGCUCUGCAAGGAUCAUAAAGCAGCAGAGUACUGAUUCAUGGGUGCAGGACUCGGGCUGGCCAACAUGACCUUCCCAAAGCGCUCUCUCGGGAUACCUAGAAUGCUGCAUUUUUAAAUUUAUUGCACAACAUUUUUUUUUGUUUUGUUUUACAGCCACGUUUACAGUGUACUGAUUUACUGGUAAACAGAUACAUGCAUUCCAGGGCAGAAUGCUGCUUAUACGUAUGUGACAGCAAACUUAAAAUUAAUAAAAAGAAUUGUUGGGGAAACUUGGGCACAAUGUUGAGGUGAUAAAUUAAGGCAAUUAUUUUUCUUUUGACAAGUGUUUAUAAGACCCAGAUUGUGUUGUACUGCAGAAAAUGAAUGUGGCCAUUUGUUGUAAAUAAAGAAUUCUCCUGUUGAUAGUCUCUCGACAGGUACUCAAGAUAAAAUCUAGUUGAGCAUUAUAACCAUUAACAGUAUUUUGUACCUGGAAGGAAAGAAACUCUGGUUUGAAAUAUUCAUUCAGUACUUGAGUUACAGUUUUAUUUUGUGUCAUCAUGUAUUUUAUCUGCAUCAUUAAAUGCUUUAAGCUUUAACCCUUACUUACAAUGUCCUAGCAGAUAAGAAUGCCUGACAUGUAAUAGGCAAUGUUCCCAAAGCUAGAAUUCCCACAAUUUAAAGGAUAAGUAGUUCAAUUAGGCUUACAGUUCCAGGAGGUUCAGUCCAUGGUUGACUGGAUCCAACGUAGAAACAUAAUGGCAGAAAGGCAUGAUGCACCAAAGAUCUCAUUGCAUAGGAUUGGGAGCUAAAGCAUGGGAACACUACCAGAGAAAAAAGAGCCAGGGAACAGAUACAGCAUCCAAGGUCACACCUCCAUGACCCAUGGAGACACAACCAGAAAUGUGCCUUAUUAAUUACCUGGAAAACUCCCAAGCCUAUCUAGUUGAUACUAGUAAGCUUAGCAAUCAAACCGGUAAUGUAAUUUACUUAGUGAAACC